AUGUGGACUUCCCAGGAUCACGGGCGAACAUGGAGUCCGGCUAAAGAAUGGGCGCGCGGUGGGACAUUCCAGAAUGGGAUCUGGGAGCCGUUUCUCUACCUCGAUAGUCAGAACAGGCUUGUGGUCGUAUUCUCCGAUGAGCUUGCGCAUGCCAAUUGGAGCCAGGUGGUAGCCAUGACCACUUCUGUCAACGGCGGUCAUCGUCCCGGCAUGCCUACCGUGGCGAGGAUGGAUAACGGGGAGUACAUCUUGAGCUAUGAGUAUUGCGGCUUGACCAACUGCCGGAUAUAUGUGAAGAUCUCGCCGGAUGGAUCCACUUGGGGCCCUUCGUUCGAUGUGGGAAAGCCCGUCUCAACCGACGACAGUCUUUACCCCGGCUCGAGUCCAUAUAUAGUGUGGGAUCCGGCCACACGGCAGGUGGUCCUUUCCAGCCAUUCGGCAUACUAUGUCCACAAUGAUUCUUUAGCGCCUCAAGACCAUCGUAUUGAUUUUACCAACAGCAAUUACGGCCGCGGAUCAUGGUCAUGGUCUCCCGCUCCAUGGCAUGUCCGCAACAGCACCGGUGCCUGCAAUUCCAACUACAGCCCGAGUCUGCUGGCACAACCCGAUGGCAAGAUCGGUGUCCUGCCUUAUAAAUCCGACUUUGCCGCGAAUGACCAAGCUGGUUGGAUCAAUUUCGGAGCGGACUGCUCCAUUUACGGCGACGAGUAUGGAUUCGCACCGGCCGGGGACCAGCUUGCCAUUGCCGUGACAGGAUCCAGCGGAUGGAAGUGUUAUACCAUUGCCGGCGAUGUACUGACGACAGACCACUCGGGCGAAGUUGGUGUGAUGGUCCAUGUGACGGCGUCUCCCGAAGGCGGCGAUCUCAACGCGCUGCGAGGGUUCAAGUACGUGAUCAGUGCUUCCAUCGGCAACAUGACCGUCAGCCAGCACGACGGCGCCCAGACCGCUGUCUUGUACUCCAGGGCCUCUCCUUUGGGGGUUUCGCCUAACCGGUGGUAUCACCUGGAGUUCCAAUACCGGACCGAUGUACAACUGCUAAUCGCGGUGGCCGAGGGUUCAGACCACGAUCUCGAGGGGACGAACGUGGGGAUCAACGGUGGGUAUCAGCAGCGCAUCGCCACCCGACACGAUCUUCAGACGGGCAGUGCGGACCCUUUGGAUCACGGCAUGGCGGGGCUCUUCGGGAGAAAUGGGGGAGGGAAGUUCAAGAAUGUGGAUAUCCGGCCGUGA